AUGUCAGUUGGGAAACUCAAAAAGGGGUUGACGGAGUUCGGGUCCAGUGUAAAGGACACAGUCGUAUCUGUCUCAGAUACUGUGACUACGGUCAGAAUUCACAGGGACUACGACAAGGACGACGAGCUCAUUGAACACUACAAACAUGACUUGAGCAAGGCAAAGCUGGGAUUAAGCUACAUCGCCUCACAACAGAAGAAAAUGGCUCUGAGUCACUGGGGAAAGCUUUUUAAGCUCAACAUACGAAUUGUAGAACACUUUAUUCAGCUUUUAGGAACAGACUCUCUCAGCUUCAAAGGUAUUGAGGAUUACUACCAUGACUUCGACAAGUUCCAGGCCACAGAAGAAAUACCCAUGGUACAUCCCAAAGAGAGGCAGUUUCUCAUAGAAAGUGUUCAUCUGGAGUUGGUCAACUACAUGAGCUCGUUGCAACAGGGAAAGUUUAAAAUCACUCAGGACUGGGACAUUCAUGAAAAGAGUCUCAAGCUUAGAAUUACAGAAAUGAACAAACAUAUCAGCGAUACGCUAAAGUUGAUCAAAAAGAGAAACAAGAAGAAAACUAACUAUAUCAAGACUGAGCACAAGAUUUCCAAGUUAAUGAAGAAGACGGCACCGCUCGAGACAAAGGAGCAGGACCAGUUGAACACUCUCGAGUCUUCAUUAAAGGAAGAAGAAAAGGAAUACACAAAGAUCAACGACAAACUCAAGUCCAUCUUGCCUCAUGUAAUUUCGUUUUUGGAUGAGUUCGUAGAGAAUAUCACCAAGAUCAUAUUGUGCAAGCAGGUGGAAACAUACAAGGAAAUUGCGCAAAUGCUCGAUUACUUCUGUACUUUCCACGGCUUUUUGGACACUUCCGGAGAUCCGCAUAACAAAAUCCAGUCUUACGAGGAUAUAAUCAGUAAAUGGGAAGAGGCUACGACUCCAACUAGAUUGCAAAUCGAAUCCUUUAUCUCCAUCAUCUACGACAAGAAACCAGAGUUGAUAGAUACUGAGAUCGACGAAAAGGAUAAAACGCUGUCUGCUGCAAAGAUGUGGAACAAGAUCACAGACAAGGUUGUAGAAAAGAAACACACUGUCAAAACGAAGGAUCAUGUGAACGGAAUCUUCAACGACUAUUUGUCUGUUGAUCCACUCCAGGCUUUUCUUCAGAACAAUGACCCCAACAGUAACAUCUCGGAGACGUAUCAUCCGUCCAAGGUGGUCGAUGUAGAUGAUGUCUAUAUUCCUAAACCUGUUACUGCGCCAGUAAUUUCACCUAAACUACCACCAAGAGUCAACACCGCUCACAGCUCUAAACCUUUGCCUACCGUCGCGGCCAAUAAAGUCACUACCCCAUUGCCACCCCUUCCACCUGACAGAUUUGUUUACAACAGUAACUUCUCGCGCAGUGAUUCCUUGGACUCAAUUCAUUCUGAUAACGAGUCAAUCAUAUCUGAUUCUUCUUCCCACAGUACUACUUCUCUUGUCAGUGACAUACUCCUUCACAAUGCCUCCGCUGAUGUUGUGAACAAGCACUUGAAGAAGGUCUAUAAUUCGUCUAAGAAUGACAUCAAGUAUUCUCCUAUUCCAGAGAGAUUUGCUGAUUUGGAUAUACCUCCCGCAACAGAUGAUCUUAUAUUCCAAAAGACCACUACUGUAACCUAUAAGUUGCACGAGUUCAACAAGUUCUUCGACAAAAUUAUCGCAUUGUCAGAUUCGAUGCAAUUGGAUCGACGUGUUUUGGAGGCUAAAUAUGAUUUUCCUGGUAUCGAGCCGGGUGACUUGUCUUUCAAAACAGGCGACAAGAUCGAAAUCAUCUUUGACUUUCAGUCCAUCGACACUUUAUAUAGUAAUGACCAGAAGAACUGGUUGAUUGGCGCCUCCAAGUUCGGCCAAGACCAUUUCCGGAUUGGAUUUGUUCCAAGCAAUUACUUCUAG